AUGCCCGUUCAGGUGCGGAGGCACUCCCGCGCGUACAGCACCUCGGCGCCCUACGGCGCCCACAUCACCCACGAUUCCUCCGACGUCGAGAAGCAAUAUAGCCACUCGCCCUACCGCCAUCACAAUCGCAGCGAUGACUCCUCCGACGACAGUGAGCCAGAAUCCUUCCCCUCGGCCUCCUAUCACCCCAUGGUGAGUGGCGCCGGUCUGCGCCGCGCGCAAGCAGGCGUGGGCUUCCGCGUCCCGCAGCGGAUAAUGCGCUGGCUGUGUUUUGCGCUGUUCGCGUUUCUCGUCCUCUUUAUCCUGACACUCUUCCGCUUCGCCAUCUCCGGCACCGUUAAGGAGGUCACGGACGAUUUGGGCGUCACGACCAAGAAACCUCCCCCACCCCCGGAAUGGGAGAGCUUUCCAUUCCUGAAGCGCUACCAGGGUGGGGUCCGAAAUUUGGUCUCGCGACAUGACAACGUGCCUGAAUACCCUGGUGACGGAUCGGUGGAGACGGAGGGGAUUGUAUCGGAGAGAGAUGCUGACGACGGCGAUGCGGACUCUAAUCACCUGAACAAGAGAGAUCAGGGCGGUCCGUCCAUGUCGAGCGUCGUGUUCAAUCCCUAUCCCGACUACAAAUCGGCGGAUUAUGUUCGAAAAUACGGCGAGAAACGCGAGUGCUUCUUGGACGAGUCGAAUUCAAUCCGUAUCCCGGCCGUCCAGAACUUCCCCGGAGUGCCCAAGGGUUUCCCGGACCCUGUGAUUGGCUCGAAUAAAAUGCUGGGGAUUCGCGAUGAUAUGUGCUUUGACCGGUUUGGCCGUUUGGGCCCCUAUGGUUUGGGGUAUGGGGUCAAGAAGGGAGGCAUCGGUGCCGGGCUGGAGGGCCAUCGCGAUGGUGCCCAGCGCGUCUGGGAAGAUGUGCCUCCAGUAGAUUACAGACAUGUGGACUGGAGCGCGGCACAGGAGCGGUGUGUGGCCGCUAACCUUCAUCGUUUCAAGGAACUACAGGAGCCGCGCCUGAACAGGUUUGUCUCCAUGCCGCUGGGUCUCCCCAAGCUGAGACUGGCACCAAUGGAGGACAAAAAUCGCAAAGCGGCCAAGGUCGGUACGGAUCGUCUGCCGCGGACUGCGGUGGUUAUUCGCACCUGGUAUGACUUUCGAUACACUCCCGAGGACGUGAUGUAUUUGCGUGCGCUCAUCUCGGAGCUGGCACUGUCAUCCGGCGGCGAGUACACGGUCCAUUUCCUCAUUCAUGUCAAGGACAACAACCUGCAAAUCUGGUCCGACGAUGAGACCUACAGCCGCGUGCUUAACGAUGCACUGCCCGAAGAGUUCCGUGGCAUGGGCACGCUCUGGUCAGAGAAACAGAUGGAGCUCAUGUAUCCCGGGCUGGAGGAAAACGAGGAGCGUGGACUGCCGAUCUACGGCGUCUACCGCAGCACCUUCAUGCCCAUGCAAUACUUCUCAUAUCAGCAUCCCGAGUAUGACUACUUCUGGAACUGGGAGAUGGACGCCCGCUACACGGGCCACUGGUACCAUCUCUUCGACAAGGUUGUUGAGUGGGCAAGAAAGCAGCCUCGAAAGGGUCUCUGGGAGCGCAACGCCCGCUUCUAUGUGCCUUCCAUGCACGGAACGUGGGAAGACUUCCGGCAGAUGGUCCGCGUGCAGACUGAACGCGGCACCAACAGCUUCAACAACCUAUGGAGUCCGCCUCAGGGUAGACCUGGCGAGAAGGAAAGCAGCACUCUUGGCCCACAGGGCGACAAGUCGAUCUGGGGGCCCGAGCGGCCAGAUGAGCGCGACAUAUUCGAGGUUGACGGUGAGGGCAUCCCACCCACAACCAUGGAAAAGGAUCAAUACGAAUGGGGCGUCGGCGAGGACGCCGACCUCAUUGUCUUCAACCCACUCUACGACCCAGAGGGCACGACUUGGCUCCUGCGCCACGACGUCACGGGCUACAACCGCGAGAACGGGUUCCCCCCCAGGCGCACCGCCAUCAUCACCGCAUCGCGCCUCUCCCGCAAACUCCUGACAACCAUGCACCGUGAAUGCAGCCUGCGGCGCCACAGCAUGUUCUCGGAGAUGUGGCCGGCAACGACCGCGCUACACCACGGUUUCAAGGCCGUCUUCGUCCCGCACGCCGUGUACAUCGACCGCCGCUGGCCCACGCGAUAUCUGGAGUCUGUUUUCAAUGCCGGACGAAACGGCGCCUCUGGCGGCGCCCUAACGUCCAUUUUCGGUGACCGCGAGCACAAUUUCAAGGGAACCACCUGGUUCUACUCCGCUGGGUUUUCUCCAAAUCUCUGGCGCCGCUGGCUUGGGUUACGCGUUGACAAUGAUGGUGGCGAACAACAGGAACUUGCGGGUGAAGGCCGCAUGUGUCUCCCGCCGAUGUUAUUACAUCCCAUCAAGGAAGUGGAAAUGAUUAUCGACGAUGGAGAACAUGCUGAAGAUCGGUGA